UCCAGAUAACUGAGAAAGAAAUAAUCUACAAAAUACACGGACAGGAAUCCAAGGAAAAAAAGGAACGGUAAAGAGUUUGAACCACCAGACAUGUCUAGAAACUCUGCCAGAGUGGAUGAGCAGGAGGUGGAAUGGGGGGAGAUGCAGGAAAAAUCAGGAGAGAUGGGGGUGAAAGUGACAACGAUGGAGGAGAGACGGAUGAAAUGGGUGAAGGAGAGGUGGCUCGGAGUGAUAGAGAACAUACUGAGGAGAGAGAUGGAGGAGAAUCUGAGAAAUAUGGGGUGGAUGAGUAGGAUGAUGCAGAGAAGAGAGAUUGAGAAGAAACAGCAUGAGAUCAAGAAGACACUGGAGGAGAAGGUGACACUGAGUGAGACAGAGAUGAUAUGGAGGAAGUUGGAGGAGAAACUGAGGGAGUUGCAGGAGGAACGGAUGAGGAAGGUGAAGGAGGAACUGAAGAGCAUGAAGCAUGAAGAUGCCCAAAUAAGAAUCGAGCUCAUUGAGAAGUUUGUCAAGGAGUUCGAAAAGGAGAAGCUGGAGAUUGAAAAACUCCUCACAGAACUCUGUGAGAUUGCUGAUGGACUGGAUAAGGUGGACAGGGACUGUAUCAUUGCUAAGACUGCAGGGAGCUCUGCUGGUGUAGUCGGGGGGGUCCUGACCAUUGUAGGGAUAGCCUUGGCUCCUGUUACUUUUGGAACCUCCCUUGGACUGGUCAUUGCAGGGACUGCGACUGCUGUAGCUGGCACAGUCACCAGUGGUGGCGCACAAAUAGUAAAUCAUGUAAGUGAUGGCAAUGCUAAUAAGAGAGUAAUGGAAAUACUGGAAAUAAUUCAUACUAAAAUCAUAGUACUUUGUAAAUCGUGCAAAACUGCACUCCCACUGUGUGAUUGGAAUAUAGAGGAAGCUGAUUUAACAGCUGCUAAAACAUGCCUUUGUGCUGCUGCUGCUGCUGCAGGCCUGGCUAAUGAUGCUGCUGUUGCUGGUGCUACAGAUGCUGUUCUUCAUGCUGCUGUAAGUCUUGAUGCUGUUGCUUGUGUAAACCCAAACCUGAGUAGUGGUGAUGCUGAGGCUGCUGUUUCUGUGGCUGCUGCUGGUGCUGCUGUUGCUAAUGGUGGUCGGGUUCUUGCAAGCCUGAUUGAUGAUGCUGCUGCUGCUGCUGUUUCUGCUGGCCGUGCUGCUACUGUGGUGGUCAAAAGUACAGGCAGAGUAGUCGGAGGUAUUGCUUCUGGGGUGUUUAUAGUUUGGGAUGCUGUGCUCAUUGGUUUAAAUACCAUAAAACUUCAUGAAGGGAGUCCUACUGAAAGAGCACAAGAGAUUCGCAAGCUGGUGGAAUCGGGAGAAUUAGAACUAGCAAAACUGGAGGAGGUCAAUUCUGACAUAAAGAACAUUUUGUGUGAGAGUCAGCACAGGGCUAUGGAGGAUGAGAUUUUUCUUCCUGUCAGGUCUGCUGCUGUAUAAGCAGUUUUGUGUUUGCUGCAUGCUUCAGUUUAUAAUAAUUAUAAAUUACAGAAACCAACCAAUCACAGAAGUAUUUCCAAACAUUCCUAUACCUCUUGUUAUCUUGUCUAUAAAUAUUACCCUGUAAAAAUAAAAGGAAAAAUAAAUUAACAAAUCAUCCCGUGAUUAUACUCUAACCCUGAAAAUCUCCUCCCUGUACAAUAACAAAAACACACCAGAUUAGAGCGACUGUUUCCACUCUACACAGUUACUGAAUGAUGCUGUAGGAUACCUAAUGCUAGCCUGUAGUGUAGCGUUGAUGCAAGUUUGUUUUUAACAUUAAUAGUUGCCCCCGCGGUCACACAGCACAGAUCAGCACCUGUACUGUAGGUCAGUUAUGGUCUAUCCUCGACCAUCCUGGACAGCUCUUUUAAUGUUGUAUUUUAUCAGCAUGGAAUCAUUUGAUCAGCCUGUAAUCAAUGGAAUCAUUUUGUCAGCCUGUAAUCAAUGCACUGACUAUGAAUGCUUUCAAAAAGAGUCAUGAAACCCAAUACUGAACUCAGCAGCGCUGAUUAAAUCCUGUGCGCCAGUCUGUGUCUUUCAAAAGCUCCAUCAAGUUGCCUCCCCCCCCCCAAACAGCACAAAUGUUGUCGUAUCAUGUUCUGCUAAUUUGUGCUGCUGUAGUUUUUAAGAUAUUAACAAUUUUCUUUUUUUUAGGGGCGUGACGUCACUCAGCCCCCUUACAGUAAUGGGAUUGGUCCAAACUGGUCUCGUUCGAUUGUGCCAGUUUGUGCCGUUGAAACUGACGAUUGUGCA